CAAUCUAUGAAACCACAUUCAUUAUUUGCGUAAACUCGCUGUGUGUACUUCCCACUAUUGUUAGAAUAUUAAACAUUUUGGUGGGGGAAGAAAGCAAAACGGGACUAUAUAGGCAAUCGCAUUUGGGAAUGGGCAUUCGUGAACAAUUUUCAGCCAGGCACUUUUUCGAAGUAUAAUACCUGCUACGGAAAAAAUAUACAACUAAUCGUCUACAGAACAUCAUGAUGAAGUAUAUCGUUCUUAUAUCCAUGCUCUUCGUUCUCGGAGAGUCCCAGCGACCAUUUUAUGCAGGAAUUGGAAGAUAUCCCGGUGUUCAUCCUAGAUUUACAACUACAACAGCGUCGCCAAUAAAUGAUUUGUCCAGAAAUCGUUUUAACGAAAUAGAUACCGACAAGAGGAAUCCUGAGUUACAGCCUACAUAUCAGGUUCCCAGCGAAGUGGAAAAAUCUAAAACAAACUCACGUUUUGAUAACGGAGACAAUUUGGACAGAAGAUAUUUUUUAUAUAGACCUCGUGGAACACCGAUCUAUUAUUAAAUCCGAGGUCCUCUAUUCGAAAGGAUAUAACGUGAUAAGCGAUUGAAUUUUAAUUCUAAUUUUUAAAUGGAAAAUCGGAUACACGCUAAAGUUUGCGUCUCGCCUGUUCAUAAUAAUACUCAAAGUGGACGAAACACUACGCAGGGUAUAGUUUUACGAUGAUUGCGUACUUAAUGUCCGUUUUUACUUAUUGUGAAUAUUUAUACAUGUAUUAUUUAUCGACAAAGGGGUGAAUUUAACGUUCCGGGUGAACAUUAAAACUCUAAUAUAAUA